AUGCCGAAUUUUGCAGAGAAAUACGGUGCUCCUCUGCCAUCUAAACCAUCACCACCGCUCCUUGCGUACAAGGGUAUUCAAGGCAAAAGGUACAUCGUGGAGGCAAUGCUGAAGCAGGUAAACAUAAAUCUGAGAAUCGAGGAAGAAGUUUAUCCACGCUGGGAUGAUGAUGUAGAAGAUUUGUACGUCGACAACAUCAUCAAGGCAAUCUACGGGGAGUUAGGUGGUCGGUGGAGGUGGAAGCCAAGCGACUGGGACGAGGAAGGUGUCUUGGUCUCCAAUCACCCGCGAGUGGACGUGAAGCCUCCAAUAAAAGUGGAGGCUAGUUUCACAGAUUCGAAGAAGAGACCUCGUCCUACUCCUCCAUCAAACUAUGAUGAUAUCGAGGAGACGUUGCAGAGGUUGAUUUCUGACUGCACCCGGACCUUGUCUGCUGAUCUGAAGGCAGGGUUCCAGAAGUAUGACCGGCAACUAGCUGCACUUACCUCGACAGUUGCUGGUAUGGAGCGUAGUGUGAAGCAGCUGAUGGAUGUAAGGCUUCAGGAGCAGCGUAGAUCCGACGAUCCCUCUCCCAAAAAAGAUGAAACCGGCGCCAAAGAAGAUGAGACCGGCGCCAAAGAAGAUGUGACCGGCGCCAAAGAAGCUAAAACUGCUCAACCGGUUAGUACUGAUCCCUCUCCCAAAUCUCCCAACUCUUCUAAAGUGCAAGAUAAGCAACCAAAACGCCGGUCCAUCAAACAGUGUAACCGUGACGACAGCAGCGUUGCAUAUGUUAAGACCUAUGUGCCAAGCAAAGAAGAAUGCCUAGCAGACAUCAGGAAGAAUCAGCGAAAGUUCAACGCGAAACUAAUGGUCAGGGCUAAGGAUCAGAGGGAAAGGAAACUGGCCCCAUCUCAAAAGUCUCCGUUCGUGGGAAACGUUACGGUUAAGGAGCUCAUACGUAACAAGAAGCAGCGCUUAGCGGUCUACAAUCCGUAUCUGCCCGAAGACAAGAAUGUUCGGAAGGAACUAACGGCGUUCCUGAAGUCUACAGCUGGGUAUCCAAAGCUUGACAAGGAUAAGUUUCCCGUGUGGUAUUGGUGGUGGGAACUCAUUACGCAGCCGCAAUGGCUAUCGGACUCGCUUCAAGUGCACAGCAAGAGCAGUAGUAUAGUCGGGGUCGAACCACAGGGAGAUGUGAUUUCACUUCAAACCUACAAAGAUUGA